UAUCAGCAAUGACAGUGGAUUUUGAAAUGCUUGGUACAAUCUACUCAUGAUAAUUCAAUGAUGCAAUGUCAUAUUUAUAGCCUAUUUCACAACAAAUUAUGCUAGGUCAGUCUAUCCGCUGCUGUUAUUUUUUUACAGUAUUAACUUCCCUAAUGAGACAUAUGAAGAAGUAACAAUCCCUGCAGAAUGCAUUUAUGGUUAUGUAAACUUUUUUUGUCAGGUAGAAUAUUUUAUAGAAUCUUUUUUUGCAGUCAUCUCUAUCUGCUUUUCUUAAACGUUAAGUCAAAAGGAGGCAACUUGGUGUCAUGCAAAAGGCCACAGAAAGGGCAAACCCACUGGUAGCUGCAGCUGGUGUUACACUGAUGUAGCCAGGAUUUCUAACAUGCAUUUAUUGAUUUGACAUUGGGACUUUGUUAGUGAGGCACUGGAAUUCCCCAAAAUGUGACUUUAAGAACAAUCUAUUCAUACUUUACAUUAAUUCUGGAAUGUGCUACCUUCAUGUCCCUUUCUAUUAAUUCUUGCAUUGUAAUAUACAAUAUACAAAUUUUAAAUAAGCAGCAAACGCAAAGCAUUACGUAUUCAUAAAUUUUGAAUAUUAUUUGAGGUUUAAGUAAUUGAGGUUUCCCAAUAGCAUACCAUACGUUUUUUUUUUUUUUAACAUAAUAGUUCUUUUGGUAAUUUUUGAAGAGCACUUGUCACAGGUGUGUGUACAAGUAGAUGCAUGUGUAGAAGAAAGACUGGUGCAUUCCAGUAACGUGACAAAUCAUCAAGCCACCAUAAAUUGAAUACAACACAUACUCAAAUAAUUGUCCACAUAAAUGUCUUCAAAGUUGUGCAAAAUAAGGUUAGAUUUUAAACAUUAUACUGAACACAGUACACAGAACACAGUCUUAAAGAUUUAUAAGCAAAUUAUUACAGCAUAUCAAUAUAAAAUUAAGGGGUUAUCAGACAUUAAUCUAAAGUACUUUUCAAACUAUUUUAUUGUAUUAUUUCUGUUAGUUGCAAAAAACAAACACUAUGAUGUGCUUUGACGCCUGCGGCCUUAGUGUGGUGACAUUUCUGUAAGGCAUCGAAGUGGUUAAAACUUUAAGUCUUUGUUUGACAAUGAAAAUAGCAGGUUUGGCAUCUUUUUGUAGGUGAUGGACCAUAACCAUAAAAAGAAAUCAUUUGGAAAUCUCAGGACCUAAUAUCAGGGAGAGAGCUAAACUUUUUCCUCACAUGUAGGUCAUGCCAGCACAACAGCAAUAACCAGGGCCUCUUUUUCUUUGCCCUAUAAAACCCUAAAUCAGUCGACACUAACCUGUUAGAUUAUGCAAUUUAGCUCCCUCUUCUCUAAGAUUAUUUAUUUAUUAUUUAUUAUUAUUAUUUUUUUUUUACUGUUGACAAAAUUACACCUUUAAAGCCAAAUGACGCCAAAUAAUGAAUUUGUGACAGAUGAUUUGUGACAGAUGUUUAAUGGUUAAGAGUUGAUUACUGAUGUUAAAGCAGGACCACAUGGCUGUGUGAUAUUGCUCUAUGCUGAAAAUGUAUACAAAUGCUUAUAAAAGUACAAAUGCGUUUAUUAUGCAAUAAGGCAUGCUAGAGUAAACAAUGUAUAUGAUAUUUAGCAUACUACAAUUCAGUGUCAAAGAGUUUGCUGGAAUAGCAGAAUAUCAUUCCCAGAAUAACACUUUGACCAGCAAAGCAUAUUUCUGUGAAGUACUCCUUUCAUGACACGUCAAAUAUAAUGUUCAUACAGCACAAAAAGAGUAAUUUGGCUAGUAUAUAGUGACAGACAAACCACAGAACAGUCAGGUCUGCAGGAAGAGCAAUGUGGCACUUUCUUUGAUGCUGUUGACAUUUGCUCUCACUAAAUUGCACAUCAGAGGAAAAAAUUUAAAAAGCAACCCUAACAACCAAAGUGCAGAGAGGGCAAAUGAAAAAAAAAAAAAACACUAUUGACAUGAUGAAUGACAUGGUAAAGGGAGAAACACAGUCCAUUUGAAAUGUCAAUCAAAACUGGAUAGGGAAACAAAUUCUACAGGAUGUUGCAUUGACAUGCAUGAAAUAAGCAAGAGAUCAGUGAGGUAAAUACUUUUUAGAUUUACUUUGCACUGUGGUCCAAGUCCAACUGCACUGAUACAUGACAGGAUCUGCAACCCCCUGCACUUGGCAAGCUGAGCAUUGAAUGUGUUCAAAAUGAUUCAACACAUUAAUGAUAUGUUUCAAAUGAGUUAAAAAUGAAACUAUUCAUACACUAUAGUUUAGUAAAAGAUUAAACUCAAACUCAACAAGUCUUACAUGCAAGGAAUAUAAAUUUAAAGCAAGUGAUCCCAAUAGACAGUGGAUCAGAUAUCAUUGAACUCAAGCAGGACGUGAGCUAUUCUGUCUGCUCAGCCUUUUCCUCUUUGCACACCGAACUGCUUUCAAUCAAGUCACAAAGGUAAAGACAUAAAGCAUAAAGACAUCUCAACUUCCUCUACAAGUCUCAGUUACACUGUCACUGUGUUCCGCAUGAAGUCCAACUCACCCAUCUCUCUUUCACUUCAUCUCCAUUCUGCAGAUAAAUUUGCCUUUCUGUGACAAAUGCUUCAUGGUUUGUUGGUGAUUUUAAUGAGUCUCUUUCCCCUCUCAGGCUGUUACUGUAAGUGAACGGAGACAGCGUUUCCAGUAACUCACCUGUGGACACGUGUCUUACUUGCUCUGUGAUCAGGGUUGCUCUCAUUGGGGACAGAUGUCUACAAAUCCAGGAUCAUUCUCACCUGCAGGCAGCAGCAGUUCACCCAAAAGCAUUCAGGCUGCACUGCUGGAAUCAUCCAAUCUGCAAAUGCCACUGUCACAGUGUCUGAAACCCAGCAGCACAGAGGGCUCUGUCACCAGCUCUCAGAGAGACAGUGUCCUCUACAGGCUGAAGAGUGGAGCUGCUGAGCGCUUCAGAAGGCACAGUGUGGAUGGGAGCUGUGUGGACCUGGAGUCCGAAUCAAGCAAAGACAAGCGCUUUCACCCUUACGGGAGGCAGUACAGUGAUGGAGAAAUCACAGGAUCUUCGCUGUACUGCUGCCUCAGGGAGAGUAAACUACCAGAAUCCCUCACUCCGGCUAACACUGACAUUGCAGACCUACAAGAGCAGAAUGGUUGGACUUCACUCAGCACCACUGUACAGUCCUCUCUGUUUAUGGGAGCUGAAGAGAGCACUGAUCGGAUGCAGAACAGGCCUGAGGAUCCACCUAGUUAUUCCUCAUCUACCCACAGUGCAUACAGCACCCUCAGUCCCCUGCACCAACAGUUUCCAGGUGAAUAUUCAUCGGGAGGACUAGAAGUCAGCUCACGCUAUUCUUACCAAAGCCUCUCUCCACAAACCAGUCGAGAUGGUUCAGUCCAGCCGCAAUACCCCAAACCCAUCUACUCCUAUAGCAUUCUCAUUUUCAUGGCUCUGAGGAAUAGCAGGACUGGCAGCCUGCCUGUGAGUGAGAUCUACAGUUUCAUGACAGAGCACUUCCCCUACUUCAAGACAGCACCUGAUGGCUGGAAGAACUCCAUCCGUCACAACCUCUCCUUGAACAAGUGCUUUGAGAAAGUUGAGAACAAGAAGGGGAACUCAUCACGGAAGGGUUGCCUGUGGGCUCUCAACCCAGCCAAAGUGGAGAAGAUGCAAGAAGAGCUGCAGAAGUGGAGGAGGAAGGAUCCUGCGACAGUGCGAAGGAGCAUGGCCAGACCAGAGUUACUGGAUCAUCUUCUGGGUGAUAGACCAGAGAAGCCCAGGUCCCUCUCUGCCCAACUCAACAACCACACACACUCUCAGUUCCCCAGAGUCAGCCUGCCUCCCCCAUACACUCCCACUACUCACCAAAGAAGACCAUACUACAGUUAUUACAGCUUACCAUCACAAACAGUCUCCCAGCAGCUCCCAUACCUGUCCUCUAGUGCCCCAGCCUUCUCAUUCUACCCCUCCAUCCCCCAGCAGCCCAGCACAGAGUUGCCACCUAGGACUGGCAGCCUGGACUCACCCUUACCUGCACAUACACCGCCGAGCUACAGCACUGCUCUACAGACCAGCCACAGCGCUUUAGGAGGCAUGCAGGAGCUCCUCAUGGAGGGGGAGCUGAGUAACGACAUAGACAUGCUCAAUCCAAGCCUAACGGACCUGCAACUCCAUGGUUGUCUCUGGGAGGAGCUCAGGAAUGACAGUUUGGCUUCAGACCCACUGCCGCUUAUGGAUGUGUCCACCACAUCUGACCAGCUCAGCCCUGAUCAUGUCGGGGAUUGUGGGAAGGGCUGUGGCUCAGGUAAUGGGGAGGUGAACACAGCUGGAUCAGAAGCAGCACUGCAGACGAGUGUUUCUGAUCUCUACAUCACUGGACUGUGUUCAAGCGACUUCUCCGGCACAGACUGCAUGUCAGGUCUCCAUUCCACCACGACAAACACUCCGAUUGCCCUUCUUUGAAGCUCUGUUUUCAUUAAAAAAGCUUGAUAUACACUAAACUUCAUAUCAGUCAGUAUCAGUGAAGUUGUAUGCUGAUAGACUGUUGGACUGAAAAUCUUGACUUUAGUUUUAUGAUUUUUUUUUCAAUGUUUAGAGUAUAACCAUUUAGAAUACCAUUUAGAAUAUGGCAAUGCAUUAUCUAAAUGCUGUGUGAAAUAAAGCUUUUUCAGGGUGUCACUGUUCUUGCAUGAACUUAGCACUGGUUAUCAAAAUGCAUUAUGCAUUACUGCAAAACAUUUUGCACCAUAUUAGUUCUGAAAGCAGAAAUUUCUGCCCAACCUUUGUCAAUCCACAAUUGGUACCAGAUUGGUAUCCCUCAAGACAUAGUGCUGAUUUUACUGAAGUCUUGAUUUUAAUUCAGGUAACAUCUUAUCUUCUGGAUUUGGAGUUAAUUCCAGUACCAGUUUAUUGCACUGGGUGGCAGUAAAGAGCUCCACUAAUAGGGCAAUGCUGCCAAAUCACUUGCAGGGGCACAGCAUGUACCAACAGUGUGUGUGUCAACAACAGCAGAAUGAUCUGUGGGGUCUCAUAUAUUUUAUGAGAAUAGAUGCCUUUGGG